AUGCAAGUCGAUAAAACUGAUCAUACAAUCUCAAGAGAAGAGCGAGGAGAAAUAACAGAAAUUUAUACGGAAAACCCAUUUCCAUUCAUUCCUUCAAUACUCUCUCAAUUGAUUGAUCCAAAAAAUGUGACACUACUACAAAAAUUUGGUGGCGUUAAAGGCUUACUAAAAGGUUUACAUACUGAUCCUGAUUUCGGUCUAAGCAGUGAUGAAAAAGCCCCGCUACCACCUAUAAAACCUGAUAACAUUUUAAAUAGAGAUGCUGGCGGUGACAGUGAUCUAUGGCAUUUUGAACAAAAAGAUUCUGUUGAAGUUUCAGUCGAAAAACAUAAAAGACAAUCGAAAAAAGCUAAAAAGGCAGCAUUAGCUAACGCUGAAUUAACAAAAGAUGGGGCUCCAUUUUCGCAACGAAAACGCGUUUUUGGCAUUAAUGUAUUACAAACGAAAAGGACGAAAACUAUAUUUGAAUUGAUGUGGAUUGCAAUGAAAGAUAAAAUGUUGAUAAUCUUAACUGUUGCCGCAUUCAUAUCAUUAGGGUUAGGUUUGUACGAGGAUUUUGCCCCUAAUUCAAAAAGUACGGAAACUGAUGAACCGAAAAUCAGUUGGGUGGAAGGCGUUGCUAUUAUCUUUGCUAUUUUUAUUGUAGUAAUGGUUGGCAGUAUAAAUGAUUGGCAAAAAGAAAAACAAUUUCAACGCUUAAAUGCAAAAAAAGAAGAUCGUAAUGUCAAAGUGACACGCAAUGGAAAGGAAGCUCUUAUCUCGGUACAUGAUGUUUUAGUUGGUGAUAUUUUAGAUAUAGAGCCAGGUGAUAUUAUUGCAGUAGAUGGGGUCCUUAUAUCUGGUCAUAAUUUACGUUGCGACGAAUCAGCUGCGACAGGUGAAAGUGAUGCAGUAAGAAAAUUAAGAUAUGAAGACUGUCUAAAGGAUUUAUCUGAUCAAGAACCUACGAGCGAUGUACGUCACUCGAAAGCUGAUCCUUUUCUAAUAAGCGGUAGUAAAGUGCUGGAAGGAGUUGGAAAAUAUGUCGUAACUGCUGUCGGACCAAAUUCAUUCUAUGGGCGAAUCUUAAUGGCUCUAAGAACUGAUACGGACGAAACACCACUUCAGGAAAAAUUAAAUGUAUUAGCAGAAACAAUUUCGAAAUUGGGAGGAGCUGCUGCUUUACUGAUGCUUAUAGUGUUAUUAAUCAAAUACUUUGUGAACUUCCGAAAUGGUGUACCAGGCGCAGCUCAAGCUAUCGAGCAUUUAGUCAGAAUUAUUAUUUCAACAGUGACUGUAGUCGUCGUGGCAGUACCCGAAGGAUUGCCUUUGGCAGUAACUCUAGCUCUCGCGUAUGCUACAACCCGUAUGUUAAAGGAUAAUAAUCUUGUGCGUGUUUUAUCUGCGUGUGAAACGAUGGGAAAUGCAAACACUAUUUGCUCCGACAAAACGGGAACACUUACACAAAAUAAGAUGACAGUUGUCGCCGCUACUAUUGGAAUUUCGACUGCGUUCAUCAAAGAUCACGAAUCAUAUCAAGCAGACGCUAACACUGAAAAUUCAAAUCCUAUUCCAAUGUCUGAUUUACCAGGAACACUUCCGCCUCGCUUAAUCGAUACCUUGAAGCACUCCAUUGCAAUUAAUUCCACUGCUUUUGAAAGUGUGGAUGAUGAUGGUCAACCAACAUUUAUUGGGUCAAAAACCGAGACAGCUUUAUUAAGCUUUCUACUAGACUUGGGUCUGACUGGCUAUAAAGAAUUAAGGCGUGAUGCCGAAAUAGUGCAAGUCUUUCCGUUCAGUUCGGAUCGAAAAUCUAUGGCUGUAGUUGUUAAAUUAUCAGAUUCAAAAUAUAGAUUUUAUGUGAAAGGAGCUAGCGAAGUAUUAGUUAGACAAGCAGAAUCUAUAGUAGUUACGGAUUCCACAAAUAACGCAGAAUUACCAACUAUUAAAUUAUUACCUGAGCAUUUAAAUAUUAUCCAACGCGUGAUUGUAAGAUACGCAAGCCAAACAUUAAGAACAAUAGCAUUAGGUUAUCAGGAUUUUGAAGAAUGGCCUCCAAAAACUAUGAACGUUAAUGAAGAAGGAGAUGUGGCGUUUGAAGAAUUAGUAGACAAAAUUAUACUUUUGGGAAUCGUUGGUAUUGAAGAUCCGCUCAGAAAUGGUGUUCGUGAGGCGGUUCAAAAAUGUCAAAAAGCUGGAGUGUCGGUAGUAAUGGUCACUGGUGAUAAUGUUCUAACGGCUAAAUCUAUUGCAACGCAAUGCGGCAUAUAUAAACUAGGAGAUACAGUGAUGGAAGGACCACGAUUCCGUAAUUUAUCACCACAAGAAAUGGACAAAAUGAUCCCAAGGCUUACAGUCCUUGCUAGAUCAAGUCCCGAAGAUAAAAGAAUCCUUGUCGCAAAGCUAAAAGAGCUUGGUCGUAUUGUAGCAGUAACUGGGGAUGGUACUAAUGAUGGCCCUGCAUUAAAAACUGCAGAUGUAGGAUUCUCGAUGGGUAUUUCUGGUACAGAAGUCGCUAAAGAAGCUUCUUCAAUUAUUCUAAUGGAUGAUAAUUUCUCGAGUAUUGUAAAGGCUAUUAUGUGGGGCAGAAGUGUAAAUGAUUCAGUGAAAAAGUUUUUGCAAUUUCAAUUGACGGUAAACGUCACCGCAGUUUUCUUGACUUUUAUUUCGGCUGUUUCAAGCGACGAGGAAAUUUCAGUAUUAUCGGCAGUGCAACUUUUAUGGGUAAAUCUUAUUAUGGACACUUUAGCUGCUUUAGCACUUGCCACUGAUCCACCAACAGAAGAACUAUUGAAUCGUGAACCAGAAUCCCGUAAUGCUCCAUUGAUAUCUGCCAACAUGUGGAAGAUGAUCAUUGGUCAAAGUAUUUUCCAAUUAGUGAUCACCCUAACAUUAUUGUAUGCUGGAAAUGACAUUUUGAAUUAUAAUACUACGGAAGAACGUGAACAAUUGCCAACUUUGAUCUUUAAUACAUUCGUAUUUUUGCAGAUAUUUAAUGAAGUCAAUUCUCGCCGACUCGAUCAUAAACUUAAUAUAUUUAAAAAUAUUUUAGCCAACAGAUUUUUCAUGGCGAUUUUCGUAAUUAUAUGUGUUGGACAAGUUUUAAUAGUGGAAUUGGGUGGUGCUGCAUUCCAAGUACAAUCAUUGAGUGGACCUCAAUGGGCAAUCUCUGUUUGUCUUGGUUUUCUAUCAAUACCCUUUGGUGUAAUUAUCCGGUUAAUACCUACUCCGACAUUUGGCUUUAAACGACAACUACCACUUCAAUCGGGCUCAAUUUAUACCGUCUCAUCUGUCGGGAAAAAUACACAGAACGAUAAACCUUCAUGGAAUAAAGCGGUCACUGACGUACAAAGCGAAUUAAUUUUCUUUAAAUCAUUACGUGGUGGUGGUCGUCUUCAAGCAUCACAUUCUAUCUUUGCGGCAGCAACUGUAGUACCCAGUAUAAUUGCCGGUUCAAUUGGUGGUAGAUGGACAGACGCGGAUCGUACAUCUAGACCAGCAAGUCAUAACCCGAGCGCUAGUCAGCUAGACUUAAGUUCUACGUGGUUUGCGUCUACGGAGGGAGCAGGAAUUCAAAAGGGAAAGAAUGACGGUAUCACACAAUUACCUACAACUUCUGUUACCAUCGAAUAG